AUGGCCACUGCACGGUUCCAGACAGGCUUAUAUGUCGACGACACCCUCAACUUCACAGUCCGACGAGACCUCCCCAUCCCCAAGCCAGCCGCCGGCGAGAUACUAGUAGAAACGCUGUACUCCGGCGCCAAUCCCGCCGACACCAAACACGCAACGCAGCUGGGCAUCUCCCCCGCCGUGCUGGGCUACGACUUCUGCGGGAAGGUGCUCGAGGUCGCGCCGCAAUGCCACCGCUUCCGCCCGGGCGCGAUCGUCGCAGGCUACACGCCCACAGGACUGAACCGCCCAGCCAAAUACGGCACACACCAGUCGUACCUGGUGUGUCCGGAGGAGAUGGCAUUCCACGUGCCCGCCACACUCCCGCUACCGGACGCCGCGGCUCUCACCGUGGUCACCAUGACGGCGGCAGAUGCACUGUUCAAUUUGCUGGGGAUUCCCCCUCCACAGGAAGAAGCCCCGACCGGCGGUGUACAGGCUGGCAGCAAGGGACUCCUCAUCUGGGGCGCCUCCAGCAGCGUGGGCAUCUGCGCGGUCCAGCUCGCGCGAGCCAGCGGGGUCUCCCCCAUCCUUGUGACGGCGUCCCCGCAGCGCCAUGCCCUGCUCAUGAAGCUGGGCGCCACCCACUGCUUUGAUUACCGGUCCCCUACGGUGGUGGACGAGAUCACACGAGCAAUUCAGGAGAGCAACUCCACCGUAGCUUACGGUCUCGACGCCGUGGGCAGUGACACGGGGACUGGGGACUCCUCAGCAGCCCUGCUGGCUCGGUGUCUCACCCCGGACGCGGACCUCGUCUCGCUGGUCGUUCAGGACGAUCCCCGCUUCCGUAUGCCCCUCGCGACCCCUAACCGUGAUGUGACUAUUAAGGUUGCAGCGGUCCCGCGGCCCGUUACCAUCCCGGCGAGGCCGGCGGACUUUGAGCGCGCGUGGCGGGUGCUGGAGUGGGUAAUGCGGGGUUACCGUGUGCGCUUCCGGCUGCCUCGCGUUGAGGUCUUCGGGGGGUCGGCGCAGGAUGCGCUGGAGGUGUUGACGGGGCUGGCGGAGGGUGGGAGGAUGUUUGGGAAGGUGGUGCUUCGCCAUCCGUUGGUUUGA